GGCCGGGCCACUGUCGCCGGCGCACUGUCGCCUGCCCGGCCCGCCGCGCUCCGGGACCCGGACCCGCACCGGGACAGCGACUUGAACCGAGGAGACCGGGAGCCAGAGCCAAAGAUUUUUCAGAUUUGAAAGGCACCAGCUCUGCACCCCAGAUCAGCUCUGCACCCCGGAUCGCAAGAAGAUUAUUUUUUCAAACAACAGUCACCCUUUGACAGUAGGAGUCACCAUGGUCGACACGGAGAUGCCGUUCUGGCCCACCAACUUUGGGAUCAGCUCCAUGGACCUCUCGGUGAUGGAUGAUCACUCGCACUCCUUCGACAUCAAGCCCUUCACCACGGUUGACUUCUCCAGCAUCUCAGCACCACACUAUGAAGACAUCCCAUUCCCAAGGGUGGACCCAAUGGUUGCUGAUUAUAAAUAUGACCUGAAGCUCCAAGAGUACCAAAGUGCCAUCAAGGUGGAGCCUGCGUCUCCCCCUUACUAUUCCGAGAAGACUCAGCUGUACAACAGGCCCCAUGAGGAGCCCUCCAACUCGCUUAUGGCCAUCGAGUGUCGUGUAUGCGGUGACAAGGCCUCCGGCUUCCACUACGGAGUCCACGCCUGUGAAGGGUGCAAGGGUUUCUUCCGGAGGACCAUCCGAUUGAAGCUUAUUUAUGAUAGGUGUGAUCUUAACUGUCGGAUCCACAAAAAGAGUAGAAAUAAAUGUCAGUACUGUCGCUUUCAGAAGUGCCUCGCAGUGGGGAUGUCUCAUAACGCCAUCAGGUUUGGGCGGAUGCCACAGGCUGAGAAGGAGAAGCUGUUGGCCGAGAUCUCCAGUGACAUUGACCAGCUGACCCCAGAGUGUGCAGACCUCCGGGCCCUGGCCAAGCACCUGUAUGAUUCAUACAUCAAGUCCUUCCCUCUGACCAAAGCCAAGGCCCGGGCGAUCUUGACAGGAAAGACAACGGACAAAUCACCAUUCGUCAUCUAUGACAUGAAUUCCCUGAUGAUGGGUGAAGACAAGAUCAAGUUCAAACACAUCACACCCCUGCAGGAGCAGAGCAAGGAGGUAGCCAUUCGUAUCUUCCAGGGCUGCCAGUUCCGCUCGGUGGAGGCUGUGCAGGAGAUCACGGAGUACGCCAAGAACAUCCCGGGCUUUGUGGGCCUCGACCUCAACGACCAGGUGACCCUGCUCAAGUAUGGUGUGCAUGAGAUCAUCUACACCAUGCUGGCCUCGCUGAUGAACAAGGACGGCGUGCUCAUCUCCGAGGGCCAAGGCUUCAUGACCCGCGAGUUCCUCAAGAGCCUCAGGAAGCCCUUUAGUGACUUUAUGGAGCCUAAGUUUGAAUUCGCUGUGAAGUUCAACGCACUGGAACUGGAUGACAGUGACCUGGCCAUAUUUAUAGCCGUCAUCAUUCUCAGUGGAGACCGUCCAGGCCUGCUGAAUGUGAAGCCCAUCGAGGACAUUCAGGACAACCUGCUGCAAGCUCUGGAGCUCCAGCUCAAACUCAACCAUCCCGAGUCCUCACAGCUGUUUGCCAAGCUGCUGCAGAAGAUGACAGACCUCAGGCAGAUUGUCACAGAGCACGUGCAGCUGCUGCAGGUGAUCAAGAAGACGGAGACGGACAUGAGCCUGCACCCACUGCUGCAGGAGAUCUACAAGGACCUGUACUAGCGGGGGCUGCACCCCACCACCGAUUGCACUAGUACCCAAGAAGAAUCCACGCAGGUGACAUUUACUGUGAACAAAAAAGCGUUUUAAAAAGAAAAGGUUUUAGAAUAUGAUCUAUUUUAUGCAUAUUGUUUAUAAAGAUACAUUUACAAUUUACUUUUAAUAUUAAAAAUUAUCGUGUUCUAAAAUGCUGAGCGUAUUUGAAGACUCUUUCAUGUCCUCCAUCCACUCUUCUAGGCUUUUGUCCCCAUCUGUCAUUUUCAUCCUUCUUUUGUUCUUUCUACUUAAAAUGUGAAUGGAAUGAUUGAUUAACUUUCAUUCUCCAGCAGAUACUUUUACUCUUCACCAUCAUGGCCAGGAGGGAAGAGGGGACUUUGGCCCCAGAGCUGCGCCAAGCACGUUUCUUGUCUUGGGUGGUGGCACUGCCCUUAGCUUGCCAAAAACUCAGUCUUCCUUCUCUAAA